AGAAUGUCAUCGACUGUCAUGUGAAAAUGACAGUUGAACUCCCAAGUUAACCGCGGCCGCGCCGGUCUGAUCGUAACUCAAAUUUUGUGUUCUAAAUGUUUCUUUAUAAACCUUAAUACGUAUUAUACUGUAUUCACAAUAUACACUAGAAUUAAUAUAAAGUAUAUAACCCCGAUGUGAGGAAACAAUAUUACAAAUCUUCUCCAACAUUAACUUUGUUUUUAUUGCUUUUGCUGUUUUAGCAUUAAACCUUACUUAUAGAAAUGGCACACGAUAUCAUGGCUAUUUCAUUACAGAGUCAGUUUUACACAAGCCUCAACUUACCGCUCCAGGAGAAACUCAUGGAAUUAACAAGAAUAAUAGAUCAGUCAACUCCAAGUAAAGAUUUGCAAGCUUUAUUUCCACAAUUAAUAAGCAAUAUAUUCUCGUCAUCUUUUAACAAUGGCUGGGGAUUAAGAACAGUAACUGUUGAUACUAACAAGUAUGCAUUUGAAGGUUUAAUAAGCUUCUUUGAACCCAUGGGGCCCAUGUUUAGGUUGUGCUACAAACUACUAUCGGAACCCCAAUUGAAAUACAACUUGCCUUUAACAGAUUUACCUAUAGACCUGCAGAUGACCCUGGAAAGAGGUAGAUGUCCACAGUUCUACUCGGACAUGCUUGUCACUGACUCACAGUCACUCAAUGUAGUUGCUUUGGCACUGAAUCCAUUUGACUACUACAUCUUCAACUUUGCCUUGCACCUUGUUAGCAACAGUCAACAGAAGAGUUCUUGGGAGAACUGGAGCAGUGUGUACUUUGCCCUAGCAUGUGAUUACCUCAUGCACUUUCUGCCAGCCGACCCCAAUGUGUCUGUCAUGCCGCACAUACCCAACUAUACUGGGAAAGUGCCCAUGGCUGCUCCUCUACAAACAGCUAAUAGGCCACUGUACUCUCCAUCUCUGCUUCUAAUACCUGAUCUGUCAGGUUCCAGCAUGGCUAAUCAGCACUCAACUCAGAACCAGUCAAGGAAUGAAGUGUGGAGAUCCGAAACAGUUUUGCAAGUCUUCAUAGAUAUAUGGAUGAGUGUUGAGCAAUUUAGUGCUCGGAAUGUUGAAUCUUUUCAACGAAAUUACACUCUCGUCUCUUCGAGCCCGGAGCGCGUGAGAACAGUGCGAGUACUUGUGAAACAUUUGCACUCGUUUUCUGCAAAACAUAUGUCGGAUCCGGCGGUUCGAUCAUCAGCGCUCAGAAAAUAUGCGCGCCAGAUAAUGUGUGUUCGUGCGUACCAUUACAUUAAACAUUUGGUUGCAACAUGGCCGCUGGACGCGUCUUUUAGGCUUGUUAUGGAACUGUGGCUUAGUCUUAUACAACCUUGGAGAUAUGUCAAUAAUACUAUAUCUCAAGAUCGUUUUCCGAUUGCAAACAAUAAUCAAGAGGAAGGUGGCCCCACCAAUACUUUAGAUGCUAGUUUCACUCAAUUCAUUGCAGAAAAUUUUCCGUCUUACACAUGCAUCUUUCAACUAGUUCUACCACGAUUUAUGAGACUGGACUUAACUGCUUAUAAAAAUGCCGUAAUGCUGUUCAGAUUAGGCAAAGUAUUUUCACAACAACAUCUAGGUCCAAUAUUAUGGAAUCUGGAACAAGCAAUUUUGGACUGUGGCUCUGGGUUAAACCUUAGUCCAGAUACCAGUUACAAUAAUUCUGGAAUUGAACAAAGCUAUACGUACAACGGCGUGUCGUUACAUAAAUGGGUAACUAUUGCAAAACAAGCUAUAUCCGAAUUCAAUUUAUCUGCCAACUUCGAGUAUGAACCUAUUUGGAGCGACAGCAUGCGGAUGUUUGCGUCGGAGUUGGUAAAAAAGAUUAUCUCUGCAAAGCAAACUGCAGAAAACAAUGUACAAGAGUUCAACAGGAGGUUGCGGCUCCGUAAUCAAGGUCUUUGGUCUGCCAUAAAAAUAUUUUUGAUGAUUGAAAAUGAACAUGAAGAAGUAGCUUUACUAGAAGAAUCUAAAAAAGUUCCUAAUUAUUUAUCAAUAAGUAUUCAUCAUUUUUCUACAAUAUUUGGGUUGAAUGAAAACACCCUUCUGCCACCAGAGCCGAUUAUUGAAGAUAAUUCCUUGGAACAUUCGUCUUUUGUCAACUCAACAAGUUUUCCUCUUUCUAUCACCAAUAAGUUGCGCAGCAAAACUACCAAAAUACACUACAUGGGUGAUCCAGAUUUAAUGCCAAUUACGACUUAUGAGAGCACAAUAUUAGUGAGAAUGUUGUACCAGAUAGCUACAAGACUCAAUGAAGUAUAUGGGUAUCAGUUCAACAGCCUUUGGAAUCGAUCCGACUUGUUAGGAUUCGUGACUCGCGAGAUUCUACAAAGCCCCUGCGUGAUCCAGACUUACGUAAAAGAUGUGACCAAUCAUCAGAAUAUCGUGACUCAAGAACUUCCCGCUCGACUGUCGCUGCGGCGUCUCGGAUCCCAUGCCUUUGUUGUAUGGCUCACCUUAGGCUACAUCAUGUUCAAGUUAUUUUCCUACAGCGGAUUUUUUUAUAUAUUUGUCUUAGCUGUAUUGUGGCUGUCGUACGUCUUCACAAAGGCUAGUUUUAAAAUGUUAAGAUUAAUUUAAAUCAAGAAUUUCAUAAUUUUUA